AUGAGCAUACAAUAUAUCGAUGAAACAGCAUAUGUUCAAGCUGAACAGGAUAGAGCUAAUUUAAUGUUUCAGGAUGAAAAGCAACAGGCUCGUUUUGAGCUUGGUGUUUCUAUGAUGAUUUACAAGUGGGAUGCUUUAGAUGUUGCCGUAGAAAACAACUGGGGAGGCCCAAACUCUUCUGAGAAGAGGGACUGGGUUACUGGGAUUAUCGUGGACCUUUUUAAGCAUGAAAAAGUAGUUGAUGUGGCUUUGAUUGAAGAAACAUUAUUGUAUGCAAUGGUUGAUGAAUUUGAAACUAAUGUGGAAGACGAAUCGGCUUUGCCAAUUGCUAUGGAGAUCAUUAACAUAUACAAUGAUUGUUUCAACCUAAAUUAUAAUAAGGUGGAAAAAUUGUACCUUGAGUGGGAAGAAAAGCAAAAAUCAAAACAACCAAAAAGAGUUGUACAUGUUGAGGGUGAUGAUGAUGAAGAUGAUGACGACGAAGAUGAAUACUAUGAUGACGACGAAGAUGAAGAUAUGGAUGAGAUUGUGCCAAACUUGGUGUCAUCUAAACUUGAACCAAUUGUUGAUGACGAUGGUUUUGAACUGGUUCAACCAAAGGGAAGAAGAAAGCAUUAG